AUGAUACGGGCUUUCCCCUCCGGACAGGUUUCCGUGUACAGCAUAGCAGCUCCCUACCAUGCUGAGCAGGCGGCUGGACAGGAAAGUCCACAUCUUCGCUGUAGUCAGCCUUACCAAGAAGAUGUGUGUCAGAAGUAUCGUUUCCUCAAAUGGACAAGUUUGCAUUUCUGCAAAAGGUGGUUUCUAGGAGUAUUACCUGUGAUUUCUUUAAUAGUUACAGUAAUUGUGCUGGUCCUGCAGUAUUCAUUUGCAUCACCUUUUUCUGUUAUAUAUAUUGGUGGAAGUGUAGAAAUUCCUAAUUUGACAUAUACAAAUGACCUCUCUAAUCCAAAGUCCCAGAAAUUCCUCCUGCAAGCGGAAGCAAUCCAAAAUUCUUUUGCAGAGUUAUACAAGUCGUCCACUUUGGGAAAAUAUUACUUGAAGUCUGUAGUGGCUGCUUUCAGCGAAGGAGAGUCUGGACUUCGAGCUUAUUAUUGGGAUACAUUCAGGGCGCCACAAGAUGUGGUCGAUUCUCUUAAAUUAAGCUCAAAGCAACAAAAACUGAUUGGUAGUAAUAAAGCACGUCACAAGUACAGCUCUGGAGAGGAAGAUUUUGAUCUCAUUAUGAUAGAGCUUUUUGUUUCAGAUUCCAUGGAAUAUGAUGUCAUGCUAAAAUCAGCAGUAUCCUUUGACCUGUAUGCCAAGCCAGGUAACAACAGGACUCUAACUCUGGUGAAUCCCAAGAAGUCUUUUUAUCAGUGGAGGUUGCGAGUUCCUUCUAACUAUGUGGUGAGACUGGUAGUUGGUACUUUGCGUGGUGUCACUCCAGGGAGCUGUGCUUCACACCAGUUGUCAGCAUACGAUUUCCUUCUUCCUCUGCAGAACAAGAUCAUUACAAGAUGGUGUGGGCCUGUGGCCUGGACUACUCCUGGUGUACGUUUAACUUCAUCGAGUAACGUAAUGUUGCUUACCUUUUCACUGCACCGAAGAGAAGAAGGGAGCAUACUAAAAGCUCACUUUCAAGCCAUUCCUAAAAUCAUGUGCGGCGGGCAUUUUAUCUCCUGGAAUGGUACACUGAGUUCUCCUUAUUACCCAAGUUACUACCCACCAAACAUCGACUGCAGCUGGAUCAUCCAAGCACCAUUGCCUGGCUACAAACUGUCCUUAAAAAUCCUUUCAAUACAAAUUCAAGAGAAGUCUCCAGGGUCCAGUAAAUGUGACAAGGACUGGUUAGAAAUUGAUGGAAUUAGAUACUGCAAAACUAUUUCAGAAAGCAACAGAAAUAAAGAAUAUGUCUCCUCUGUUGCAAUCAACUUCCAUUCAGAUGAACUAGUCACCCACAGAGGGUUUUAUAUUGAAUACAAAGCUUUCAGUCACACAGAGUCUAGAGGAACCUCAAUGUGCUGGAGAAAUGGGCAAGACAAGAACCUCUUAAAGUUCAACAAAGAGAAGCGCAAAGUUGUCCACACCUGGGAAGGGAAUAACCCCAGGCACCAGCACACACUGGGAGUCAAUCAUCUGGACAGCAGCUUUGCACAUGAGCACUGGGAUCCUGGUGGACAAAUUGGAUCAAGUUUGCCAACAAUGCACCUGCUGGCAAAGAAGGUCAUCGGUAUCUCGCGCUACACUAGGAAGAGUCUUAGCUGUGAAUUUGCCUUUGCUCAUUCACAGCCCUUUCUUCCUCAACUUAACUGUGGCAAUGGGAAGUGUAAACACCAGUUUAAGACUUGCAAAGGUGGUGACAGCUGUGGGGACGACAGUGAUGCAAGUGACUGCUCCUACAAAAAUUGCUCCCCUUAUGCUUACAAGUGCCUCAGUGGAAAAUGUCUGCUGAAGCCUAAUCCUGAGUGCGAUGGAAUACGAGAUUGUGCAGAUGGAUCUGAUGAAACGAACUGUGCUUGUGGAAGACAGUGGUUUAAGAAAAACAGAAUUGUUGGAGGCAAAGAAGCAAGACCUGGAAAGUGGCCUUGGCAAGCAAGCUUACAGAUGGGAGCAGAUGGCCAUGUAUGUGGGGCAUCUGUUAUUUCAAACAGAUGGCUCAUAUCUGCUGCUCAUUGCUUUCUGGAUUCUGAUUCUGUAAGGUACUCUGUUCCUUCUGGAUGGAGAGCAUAUAUGGGCUUACAUACCAUUAAUGAAAACAACAAUCAUGUAGCUAUGAGAUCAAUCAAAAAGAUUACUAUCCACCCACAAUAUGACCGAUAUAUCUCAGAUUACGACAUUGCAUUGCUGGAAAUGGAAACACCAGUAUUCUUCAAUGAGCUGGUACAGCCCAUUUGUUUACCCAGCACCUCUAGAGUAUUUGUUUAUGGAACUGUCUGCUAUGUAACUGGCUGGGGAGCCAUAAGAGAAAACAGCCAUCUUGCCAAAACACUGCAGGAAGCUAGAGUGAAAAUAAUUAACCAAAGUGUUUGUAACAAACUGUAUGAUGAUCUGAUCACAUCGCGUAUGCUGUGUGCUGGGAAUCUUGAUGGUGGCAUUGACGCAUGCCAGGGAGAUUCUGGAGGUCCUCUGGCUUGCACAGGAAAGGGAAAUAGCUGGUACCUCGCUGGCGUUGUAAGCUGGGGUGAAGGCUGUGCUCGGCGCCAUCGCCCGGGAGUGUACACGAAGGUGACGGCACUUUAUGACUGGAUUCAUCAGAAUGCAGUCUGA